AAUGGCCCGCGGGGCAGAGUUGGUGUGGGGCGGAAGCUGAGGAGCUUAGGCUCUUAAAUUUGUUUCUUUAGAUCUUGUGUCCGGCGUGAAGAGGCCGGAAGUUGGGCUGCUGGACAGCUUUCAGGCUUGGGGAGGGCGAGUGAGUCCCGCCCCUCUCAGGGGACUAGAGGUGGACCCUCUGGGGAUGGUCCCUGGAGAACCGCGCGAUGGUGGGAAGCUGGACUGGUCCCCAGAAAUGCGAAGCCGAGGCCUCUUCCUGUGAACAUGUUGUGUGACCUGCCGGUGGCCGUAGUUUGCAGCCCUGACUUUUCAAUCUAUCUGUUCUCCUUGGGCACAAAUGUGACUGAUUCCCUAGAGUACCUCCCUAUGAAUGAAAUUGCUGCAUUGAAAGGAGUUUCUUCACAUGGCUUCCGAAGAAGUGACCAUUACAGUUCGCCUCAUUCGUUCAUUUGAGCACCGCAACUUCAAGCCUGUAGUAUAUCACAGAGUUCAUUUGGACCAAACUGUAAAGGAAUUUAUAGUAUUUCUAAAGCAAGAUAUCCCUUUAAGGACCAGCCUGCCACCACCAUUCAGAAAUUACAAAUAUGAUAAACUAAAGAUUGUUCAUCAAGCACAUAAAUCAAAGACGAACGAACUUGUGUUGAGUUUGGAAGACGAUGACAGACUCCUGCUAAGGGAAGACAGCACCCUGAAAGCCGCUGGAAUCGCCAGUGAAACUGAAAUUGCAUUCUUCUGUGAAGAAGACUAUAAGAACUACAGAGCUAAUCCCAUCUCAUCCUGGUGAAAACCUCACAGGGGCUUCCUUUUUGCAUACUUGUAUUAAGCUCUUUAUUCCACUGUGCUGCUAUGAACAUUGGGAUGCAGGUGUCUUUACUUUGCCCAGGAGUGGGAUUGCUGGAUCAUAUGGUAGCUGUCCAGUUUUCCCAGGACCACAUAUUGAAGAGACUCUUUUCUCCAUUGUAUAUUCUUGCCUCCUUGGUCAUAAAUUAAUUCACCAUAAAUGUGUGGGUUUAUUUCUGGGCUUUCUAUCCUGUCCCAUUGAGCUAUGUGUCUGUUUUUGUGCCAGUACCAUACUGUUUUGCAUACUGUAGCUUUAUAGUAUAGUCUGAAGUCAGGGGACAUGAUUCUCCCAGUUUUGUUCUCAUUUUUUAAGACUGUUUUGGCUAUUUGGGGUCUUUUGUUUUUCCAUACAAAUUUUAACAUUUUUUUUUCUCUGUAAAAAAUGUCAUUGGUAAUUUGAUAGGGAUUGCACUGAAUCUGUAUAUUGCCUUGGGUAGUAUGGCCAUUUUAACAGUAUUGAUUCUUCCAAUCCGAGAACACAGUAUACCUUUCCAUCUGUUUAUGUCAUCUUCAGUUUCUUUCAUCAGUGUCUGAUAGUUUUGGGAGUACAGGUCCUUUGCUUCCUUGGGUAGCUUUAUUCCUAGGUAUUUUAUUCUUUUUGAUGUGAUGGUAAUAAAUGUGCAUUUUAAAGCAUUA